CAAUUCGAUUUUUGCACGCCCUGCAUUUUAGGGACGAUAUGAAAUUGCUUUUGAGAAAUAGACGUCCAGUUGCUUUUUCAAUCCCUUCCUUAAAUAGAUUACAUGAUCUUCGUGCAAAGGCAUUUUCGUUUUUUUGAAUGAUUGUAGUAAAAUUACAAAUCUGAAAAAUUUUAUUUAUAAUAAAGGCAAGAGAAAAGAAAACAGAAGAGUAGACUUUUCAAACGUGUAUCAUGUUUUAAAAAUGUUAGCAAGAUUCUCCAAGGAAAUCUGGCUAGCUGGCAUUAAGAUAGCCAUAGAAUUUUUUGGGGUACUGUAUAUAUGAAUACUGUAGUGUGUAAAAGGCUGAAUUGUGUUCUUUGGCAAAUUAAAAUUGGGGCAUGGCAGCAACAAUAAGAUUAUCGGUUGUUGAUGGCCUAGUCCUUUCUUUGGUCAUUUUAAUGGUGAAUAUUAGCUAUGCCCAAGAAGUAUUAAAGCUUCAAAAACCAAGGUUGAUGAAUUGUAGAUUUGAUAAAAUAUAUCAAUUGGGUGACUCACUUUCUGAUACUGGCAAUUGCAUCAGAGAGAGCCUUUGUGGAGCUCAUACUGAAUGUAGAAGACUUCCUUAUGGAAUGAAUUUUUACCAGAACGCAACUGGACGUUGUUCUGAUGGCAUGAUCAUUAUUGAUUUCAUAGCACUGGAAUCUGGUCUUCCUCUACUUAAUCCGUACAAGGAUCGAAAUGCAAAUUUUGGACAUGGUGUGAAUUUUGCAGUAGCAGGAGCUACUGCUUUAUCAUCAGAAUUCCUUGCAGAGAAUAAAAUUGUUAAUACAGCACUUACAAAUAGUUCAUUGAGUGUGCAACUUGAUUGGAUGUCUUCUCAUUUCCAGACCACCUGUUCCCCUGAUUGCCCAGGAAAAUUGAAGAAGUCACUUUUUCUGGUAGGAGAAAUUGGAGGAAAUGAUUUCUGUUAUGGCUUAUUGCAAGGUAAAACAAUGGAUGAAUCGCGAAGAAUGGUACCACGAGUUGUUCAGACCAUCAUUCAUGGUGUUAGAACGGUCAUCGAUUUUGGGGCUACUACCAUUGUAGUUCCAGGCAUUUCCCCAUUAGGUUGUCUCCCAGUUUUCCUAACGAAAUUCACGACCACCAACUCCACUGCGUACGAUGAAUACCAUUGCUUGAAAGAUAUAAAUGAUUUAGCAAUAUUCCACAAUCACUAUCUGCAACAAGCCACAGAUGAGCUGAAGAAACAGUAUCCAAACGUUACACUCAUUUAUGGUGACUGCUACAAUGCCUAUAUGUGGCUUCUACAAAAUGCCGUGAGACUUGGAUUCGAUGACAACUCUUUACAAAAAGCAUGUUGUGGAAUGGGGGGAGAAUAUAAUUAUGACGUAGAUAAAAAAUGUGGUUCUCCGGGAGUUCCAGUGUGUGUUGACCCGAGUACUUACAUAAGUUGGGAUGGAGCUCAUUUGACACAAAAUGCAUACAGUUGGUUAGCAAGACGGAUAAUUGAUGAUAUAUUGCCAAAGUUGAGCUGCAAAGUUUAAUUCAUCCUAUUUUAUCCUUUAUCUUAUUUUUUUUUUAUUCUACUUUUUAGAAGGUUUGUCCAUCAAAAUGUUGAUGUGUGGCUGUAUGUAUUUAUAACUAAAAACAUUAUAUGCAGCAAAACAUUAAACACCAUAUAAUAUAGGAAAAAUGGUUAAAUUUA